AUGCGCGCCAUCGGCCUGGGCGGCCUCUUCCGUCGCUCCGCCGCGUCCUCCACCGCCAAGCGCCCGGCCUCGAGCCUCAGCACCGCCGGCAGCUUCCGCGUCAUCUCGCUCGAGCAGUUCGAGAAGAUGACGACGGUGGAGAACGCCGUCGCCUUCGAGGCACGUCGCAGCCGCCGCAUCAGCUCCACGAACGAGCGCCCGCAGUUCCUCUUCUUCUGCGGCACCGACUCGUCCGGAUCCCCGUCGGCCGAGCUGACGGCCGCCAACGGCACCACGCUCGCCUCUCGCAUCGCCAGCAUGAACGCCCCCGCCCCCGCACAGCCGGCCAUCGACCACCACAUGCCCGUGUUCUUCAUGCCGCCGCUGUCCCCCGUGGCCCCAGAGCUCGGGGCCGGCUACUCCGGCUGCUAA